ACAAAAGCUUCACGGAGAAGAUCUUUUGCUGGCACUCUUUGUCGAAAAUGAAUCUAAGUUUAUUACCGCAUAUUUUCGCCACUCUCGUCACUGCAUCCUUCAAUUUCCUAUUGGGAAUAGGUGUCAUUCACACGGCAAUUUUAUUGCCGUACUUCGCGCCCAACAAAAAUGUCACCAUGGAGAAGUCGUUCGUAUUAUCCGACGGCGAAAGAACCUGGUUACUUAGCGCCCCCGCCCUAGUGAUGCCCAUAUCUGGCGCCCUGUCUGGAAUUACGAUGGAUACUUUUGGACGGUUAAACGCACUUAGACUCGCAGCGGUGCCUUACGCAGUAUCGUGGAUAAUUACGGCGAAUUCGCAGAGCUUUGCGGCUCUGUUAGUUGGAAAAUGUCUGUCAAGCUUCUCUUAUGGGUGGUUUCUCCUGGGAGCAUCCGUUUAUAUUGCCGAAAUAAGCCCUUCCAAUGUUAGAGGAAUGCUACUUCACGUUAAAAUAGUUUUCACGGGUUCAGGGACAUUAUCUGCUUUGGCAAUCGGUUCCAAGUUGCAUUGGCGAACAGCUGCCUGGAUUAAUUUCGGAUUAACGCUAAUACCCGUUACUUUAUCAGCAUUUUUAUAUGAAAGUCCUUUGUGGUUAGUCAGCAAAGGACGAAGUCUCGAAGCAAGAACAGCCUUGCAUGCAUUUUACAAACAUAAAACGUUUAAAUCUGAUAGGUGUGAUGCGAUAGAAACGAAACUGCGUGCAAUACAAGAGUUCCACGAGCGACAACGUUUUACAGAACUGAAGUUGUUGGAAAAAAUGAGGUUUUUCCUCGAUCCUAGUGGAUACAAAAGGGUUUUUAUGUUAGCGGGUUUACGAUUUUUUCAAGAUUUUUCUGGAACAAGCUACAUUUUUCCAAAUAUUGUACAAUUUCUCAUGGAUUUUGGUACAACCUAUGAUUCAUACCAGGUCGGCGUGUAUAUUGGAAUUGCACAGCUAAUUACGUCUAUUUGUAUGAUUUGGGUAAUGAAAAGACUAUCUCGCCGAUUCUUGAUGAUGAUCAGUUGCGCAGCGAUGUCAGCUUGCAUGUUGACGUUGGGAAUAUACGUCAGUUACAGGACAGAGGAUCUGUCGAAUUAUCAAUGGAUCCCAUUGUUGACAACCUUAUUGUACUUCAUAGCUGCUUUAACAGGAAUGUUCGUUGUUCCAUACAUGGUUGCGGCUGAAGUAUAUCCAACGCACGUUCGUGGAGUGGGCCAAUCUAUUUACAGCAUUUUUUGUUGCAUUACCGAAUUCUCCUCGAUACAAUGUUACUAUUUAUUACAAACCACUGUACACGCGUCGUACCCAUUCUACUAUAUUUCUUUAAUUAGUUUAUUGGGUUGUGUGUACAUUUAUGUAUUUGUGAUUGAAACACAUCGAAAAACUUUCGCCGAAAUUGAAUCACAUUUUUCCAACGAUUUAAGUAAACCAGCAAGCUUCAAGGGAGAGCGACAGGAACUAAAUUGUAAAGGAAAUGAUGUACCACUCCUUUAACACAGUCAACCACGUGGCAAACAUUGAAUUAAAACCUGAACGAAAUACUCAUUUGUAUAUUUGAGCGUCUUGCGUUAUUCAAAAAGAUAUUGUCUAUUUUAUCGCAUAUUAAAUCUGUUGUAUUUGCAGGGA